AGAGAGGCUGGAGCCAGAGAGAAAGUGAAAACAGCGACGGGGCUUGCAGAGCUGUGGGUGCGCCGAGCCGCCGAUGACUCCUGGUGUCCUGCCCAAUCCCCUCCGCAGCCGCUCGCUGGAGCCCCUCUGGCGUGAGCAGCUGCGCGGAGUGAGGCUGCGCUGAAAUGCCGAAUGGCUGAGCCGCUCGCUCUGCUCAUUCGGGUGGGAGCCGCAGACAGACAUAGUCAGGGACGGAGCAACAGGGAGACCCCUCCCUGGCAAGAGAGCGGCCCCCUGCACACAGCGCCAUGGUGUCAUGGAUCAUCUCCAGGCUAGUUGUGAUUAUAUUUGGCACUCUUUACCCUGCGUAUUAUUCUUACAAAGCUGUAAAAUCAAAGGAUAUUAAAGAAUACGUCAAAUGGAUGAUGUACUGGAUCAUAUUUGCACUCUUCACAACAGCCGAGACUGUCACAGAUCUCUUUCUUUCCUGGUUUCCAUUCUAUUAUGAACUGAAAAUAGCUUUUGUAGCUUGGUUGCUGUCUCCGUACACAAAAGGCUCCAGCGUCCUGUAUAGAAAAUUUGUACACCCAACACUAUCUUCAAAAGAAAAGGAAAUUGAUGACUGCCUCGUCCAAGCCAAGGAUCGGAGCUACGAUGCGCUGGUGCACUUUGGGAAGCGGGGACUGAAUGUCGCAGCAACGGCAGCUGUGAUGGCAGCUUCCAAGGGUCAAGGGGCCCUAUCUGAGAGACUCAGGAGCUUUAGCAUGCAGGACCUCUCAACCAUUCAAGAAGAGAGCAGCAGUCCUGUACCUCCUCCAGUCACUGUACGAACAAGCAGCAAACAGAGCAAGCCCAAAACAUCCAGAAGUGCAUCAGAAAGCACGGGCAGCUCAGUUUGCUCAUGUUGUUCGGUGUGCCAAAUCCUCAGAGUGGUUGAGGUAGACAUGGAUGAUGCGUGUGAAAAGCCUCGUGAGGCAAACUGUGAAACAAAAGACUUAGUGUUCUCAGAUGAUGAAGAGCAUGAUUUAUUGGAUCACAUGGUCAAGAACAGACGGCUCAAAAAGAAGGAACAAGCUCUUGAGGCACCGCCUAGGCCCCUUAGACCUCGCUUCAGGAAGAAAAGUACCUCGACCUCUACCACUGAAACCAUGUGAGUGCAAUGAGCCAAUAGCACCAAGAUCCACAGAAUGUCUCUCUUCUGCCUUAAAGAGCUACUUGCUAAUUAUGUAGAAAAACAGCAGUGAGAUGGAUGUGAUUUGAUGUGCAGCACUGCAAGCAUGGACUUUCUCUCUUCCUUUGUUACAUGUUACUUGCAUUUCCCCAUAACAUGGUUAGAACACUCACAGGUGGUAACAGUGUCAGAGUCCCCCCGUUUCAUUUGCAGAAUAUACGACCACUCAAGCUAACCCUGUCAGACUGUACAUUUGCAAUUAUUAGCUGCAUCUGCAUAGUUUUAGCUUGUGAAUGCAAAUAAAAAAAAUACUCAAUAGCUCUCAGUGAUACUUUGACUAAUGUAGCUAUUUAUGGCUUUAUCCUCAAGGAAGUGGACUUGCAGGAGCCAUAGAUUUUUCUCCCUACCUUCCUCCAUCUUAUAACAAGACUGUGACUGACGUGAGAUAUCUUGAAUUUUCAACUGUACAGAAUGUCUGAGACUUAUUAGCAAAAGUUGAGCUGCAACUCCAUUUCUUUUUCUGCAAGUAAAUUAUGUGAACUCCAGUCACUGUGCUGAAAAUAUAGAGAAAACAACUUAGAGAUGAUGAGACAGAUGUACAAGAGAAUGAACUGAUUUCACAAAAUAAAGUAGGGGAGUCUUAAUUUUGAUACUCCUGAGCCAGAAGAGUAAGUGACAUAUUUUGUAGAAAAUGAAAGAAUUAAUCUUAACUUUUGACCAACAUUUUACUGGCAGUUCUACAAUAUAUGCAAGCCAUGUUUGUAAUAACUGCUACAGUGUU